AUGAAGGUCUUGGCCGCAGGAGUCAUGCCCCUGCUGCUGGUUCUGCACUGGAAACAUGGGGCCGGGAGCCCCCUACCCAUCACCCCCGAUGAUCCCAAAUGCGAAAUGCGCCACCAGUGCCCAGGCAACCUCACGUCACAGAUCCGGAACCAGCUGAAUCAGCUCAAUAACAGCGCCCCGGAACUCUUCACCUAUUAUUACAAGGCUCAAGGGGAUCCAUUCCAGACCAACCUAGACAAGUUGUGCAACCCCAACGUGACGGACUUCCCGCCCUUCCAUGCCAAUGGCACGGAAAAGGAAAAGCUGGUGGAGCUAUACCGGAUCAUAGCCUACCUCAACGCCUCGCUGGGCAACAUCACCCGGGACCAGAAGGCCCUCAACCCCGGCGCCCAGCCCCUCAUCAGCCGGCUGAACAUGACCACAGCCAUGAUGAGGGGCUUGCUCAACAACCUCACGUGCCGCCUGUGCAGGAAGUACCACGUAGCCCACGUCUCCGUCUCCUACGGCCCUGACACGUCCAGCAAGGACACCUUCCAGAAGAAGAAAGCCGGCUGCCACUUGCUAGGGAAAUACAAGCAGGUCAUUGCUCUGGUGGUCCAGGCCUUCUAA